UAACAGCUGCUUUUCACAGGAGGGGAAAAAACCCAACCAAACAAAAAACCUCUCACUUCUGGGCUAGAGAGGCUUUCAGUGGUAUCUGAGGGUGCUCUGUGAUCAAUAGGCAUGGGAAACAUCUCCUUUUGGGAUGAUCUGAACAGCUCCUGCAGCAAUGCAGGCAACAGCUGCUACCUGGAAAACAGCAUGAGGUUCAACUUCACCCUCCAAGAGCAGGCAGCUGAUUUCUACGUUGUCCUGCCUGUGAUCUACUCUGUGAUCUGUGCUGUGGGGCUCACAGGCAACACUGCUGUCAUUUAUGUGAUCCUCAAGGCCCCCAAGAUGAAGACUGUGACCAACAUGUUCAUCCUGAACCUCGCUAUCGCGGAUGACUUGUUCACCCUUGUCUUGCCCAUCAAUAUUGCAGAGCACCUCCUCCGCUACUGGCCCUUCGGAGAAAUCCUCUGCAAGGUCAUCUUGUCCAUAGACCACUACAAUAUCUUCUCCAGCAUUUAUUUCCUGACAGUGAUGAGCAUAGACAGGUACCUGGUGGUACUGGCCACGGUCAGGUCCAAGAGGAUGCCCCACCGCACGUACUGAGCAGCCAGGAUCAUCAGCCUGUGCAUCUGGAUCCUGGUCACCAUCAUAGUCCUCCCUUUCGUCAUCUUGGCCAGUGUCUACACCGACGACCUGGAGAUCAAGAGCUGUGGUCUCAAUUUCCCCAAGCCCGAGAGGUUUUGGUUCAAAGCCAGCAGGAUCUACACCCUCAUCCUUGGCUUUGCCAUUCCAGUAUCCACCAUCUGCAUCCUCUACACCAUGAUGCUCUACAAGCUGAGGAACAUGCACUUGAACUCCAAUGCCAGAGCCCUGGACAAAGCCAAGAAGAAAGUCACCAUUAUGGUCUUCAUAGUCCUGGCUGUGUUCCUCUUCUGUUGGACACCCUUCCAACUGGCCACCGUCGUGGCUUUGACCACUGACUUACCCCAGACCUCCAUGGUCAUUGGGAUAUCCUACUUCAUCACCAGCCUAAGCUAUGCCAAUUCAUGCUUGAAUCCUUUCUUGUACGCUUUCCUGGAUGACAGUUUUCAGAAGAGUUUCAGGAAGCUGCUGGAAUGCAGAACUUCUUGA